AUGUCAUUUUAUACAAUAUAUUUGAAAUCAAUUAAAAUUUCAUAUAAAUCAAAAUUAUUGUCUGAAUCGACACUAUUUUAUAGUUUAUGUUUAAUUUCAAACUUAUUUAUUCCUUUAUUUAUUGUCUACAGAAGCGAUGGUUUUUGGAGGAAAAUCGAGUUUUUUAGUGAACAGCCGGACAUUAAUUUCAAGCAUAACCUCAUACUUGUAUUACAAUUAAACCAUUCAUUGCCCGGAUUUAAGUUCUGGAGUACUUAUCCUCAGCUAAACUCUGUCCUCCGAUCCAAUCAAUUAUCGCUUCCAUAUAUUACUAACAGAGAGAUCGAUGUGAAUGGAGACGGAAAGUAUGAUGAGUUGAAUAUCGAUUUAAAUGUUGCCAUUAAUCCAAAUGAAGAAGUGAUUGGCACUCAAUUGAUACUCUUUUUUGAUUAUAAGAUUAAUGUGACAAACAUUGAAUAUUAUUCAUUAAAGAAUGGAAGACGUCUUCGAGUUAUCGGUGAUCUUGUGUUUCAUCAAAAAGUACCACUAGUUUAUCGCAAACAUUAUAUCCCAAACAACGACUUAACAAAUCAUUUCCAAGACUUCUUUAUUGAAGAUUUUCUUGAAGCAUAUGUUCGCCGAAAUUUCUCGACUUCGCUUAAUUCAAACACUCAUUACAAAUGGUUUGCCAAACAUGAAAACAUAAGUGACUUCGAUAUAAAUGUUAAGAUUGUCUAUAACAACGACCAAAUGUUUUACUACAGAACCGGCUUUUGGUUUCUUAUAAAAUGGGCUUUUAUUCAAUAUUUUGCAAUUUAUUUAGUUUUAAGAUUUUUAAUUAAAAAAAUAAUUUCAUUUGUUUUUGAUAACAGACUAUUAAAUUGUAUUGAAUGUCAUCCAAUUAUCAGUGAAAACAAAUAA